AUGGCAACCCAAAGAGUUGUUCUAUCAUUUUGUGAUGAAUUUUAUCAUUACAAUUUCUGUAAUACUGAUGAAAUUUUCACGAUUCAGGGUUACCAGGCAAGGGGAGCACCCAAAGUAUUAUGUUCCGAAUCGACGAUGCGUGUAGAAAUCGAAAUGGACGGUGAAAAUUUGGGAAAACGAUUUUAUUUGGAUCAUUUACAACAUUAUCCAGAUGAAAAGUGCAAACCCCGGAAGGAAGGCAACCUGGCUGUGUUCGAAUUGUCCUUGGACGACAUCUACCAAUGCGGAGUAACUCGUAUGGUCAACAAAAUAUCGGGCAAACGUGUCUACUACCACAAGAUAAUAGUUGAAAGUGAAGACCCUACGACGCCGAAAGAAAUAAUUAACGUCAAGUGCGCUGGAGAAGCAAAAAAUCACACCUUGACUAGACGAAACGUCUUGCCGGCCGGCUUCCAGGAACCAGAGGAUUUAGAAAUCACAAACAGUUUUGUAAAAGACGCACCAGAGCCUAUCCUCGGCGUGGGCGUCCGACAGGCUGGUCGUCUGGUGACCGGAGAAUUGAACGUCAGCCCAGGUACCCCGCUUCAAAUGGAAAUCUUCUUGGACAACGGAUCUGCUCCAGUUUACGGAAUUUUAGCCACUUAUAUGCAAGUAACGGAUACCAAAUCGCAGGAAGAAACUAUCAUUUUUAACGGAUGUUCAGUAGAUCCAUAUUUGUUCGAGAAUUUCAACACAGUAGAUGGUGAUUUCUUAUCCGCCAAAUUCCGGGCGUUCAAAUUUCCGGAUUCGACGUACGUUCAAUUCAGAGGCACAGUCAACGUGUGUUUGGACAAAUGCACUGGCGUGGAAUGCAGCAACGGUCAAAUCGGAUAUGGUCGUAGACGCAGAGACAUUCGUUCGCCAUCUAACAACAAGGUCUACGAAAUUUCGAUGACUACAUUUAUUAAAGUGAACUAUGAUGAUAAUUCUAUCAUUGAUAAAGAAAACUUAUCAGAAUUGGAAAACCAGAUUAAGAGACUCAAGAUAACCAACCAGAAAUUGGCUCGCAAUAGCCGUGCCGAAGGUUACUUUGUCCAUGAAGACCAGGAAGAAGACGAAGAAAUGGAUUCUCGCGAGGCAGAAAGGGCAACAGUUGAAGAAACCUCAUCCAGACGAUCCUCCGAAGAAGAUUCUAUGGAAAGUGCCGGUGCAUUUCUCACUUAUGCAUCUUACUUGUCAAUUCUCACUGCUUACAUAAUUCUUAACAGAUUAGUAUGAUGAUUUAUAAAAUAUUAUCCGUGCAUUAGGCAGAUUUAAGAUCUUUCUCAUAAAAUAAUAAGUUAAAUAACGAAAUGUUAGUUUCUUCACAACGGCAAAUUUUUGGCAAUUUAAUUUAGACAAUAUAAAAGAAUAAAAGUGAAGUACCCGGAUUUGCUAUUUCUUCGCAUUAUUGAUAAUUUUAUGUGAAAGUGACUAAUUUCUCUAAUGUGCGGAAAAUGAGAACCACGUGUAAUAUUAUCCUAUAUGAAAUUUUAUGAAAAAAUGUCGUAUCGCCAACAGAAUAUAAAAGGCUUAUGAAAGUCCACACUAUAGAAU